AGAGGGCGCUAGUCAUUGACCUAGAGAUAGCAUAAAAAGGUACCUAGCUAGCGAGUGGAGGAGUGACACAGUGCCUUGGUCUCAUUAUUUCGGCAUUUUGUCCGGGCCUCAAAUUGACGGUAUGUACGACAGUGAGAAAGCUGUAUCAACAAUCAUACAUAGCCGUGAAGUACAGCGACACAUCAGUGCAGUGUCAAAAUGCCAUCUUUUGCAGGAAAAGUUGUUCUUAUUACAGGUGCUAGUUCUGGCAUUGGUGCAGAAACUGCAGUUGAGUUUGCUGAAGCAGGAUGUGGUGGCCUUGCGCUGGUCGGACGCAACAAGGAAAAUCUAGAUGCAGUAUGUCAACAGUGCCAAGACAAAGGCAUCCCAAAGGAUAAGGUGCUAGGCAUCAUUGCUGACAUGGCCAAGGAGGAGGACGUUCAGCGAAUCAUGGACAGCACUAUUCAGCAGUUUGGUCAAUUGGAUAUACUGGUGAACAAUGCAGGGAUAGGAGGUGUGAAGUACCUGGGUGAGGAAGGCAUUAUGCAAGUCUACGACAGCGUCAUGCGAGUCAAUGUGCGCUCCAUGCUUCAGCUGACCCAACUUGCUGUUCCCCAUCUCAUUAAAACCAAAGGGAAUGUUGUCAACCUUUCCAGUGUCUGUGCCACUAGAACUCUUCCCAUGAUGGUUACGUACAACAUGACCAAAGCAGCAAUAAUGCAGUUCACUAAAUGCUGUGCACUAGAAUUAGCUGCAAAGCAAGUUCGUGUCAAUGCUGUCAAUCCUGGCUCCAUUUGGACCCCAGUCCAUGAGAGAUCUGGUCGUGCUGACUCGGUCAUUGAGACUGCCAAGAAGGUCCACGCGAUGGGCCGUAUCGGACAGACUGGUGAGGUAGCCAAGGCUAUCAUGUUUCUAGCCUCUGAAGACGCCUCCUUCAUGACUGGUGCGUCUCUCCCCAUCGAUGGAGGCAGGCAUGCCAUGUGUCCUCGUUAAUGAGAAUGAUGUCCUGAUGAAAUGGUUCAUGAAAUGUCUUCCUGGAUCGAUAUCAAUAGCUACUGAAAAUGAAGUAUAAAAGGCGGAAGAUCAUUUGUAUUUGUAACCCAAAAAGUACCCUACUUAAGUAUUUUCAAACACCCAACUUGGAUUAAAGAUCACACUGGUGCUAACACCCCGUGAAAUUACUCCGUCUGGCUUGCCAUUAUAAAGAAGAAACCAAGAAAUGGUGGCGAUUUCCAGCAAUCAGUCAACUGACUAGUUGUUGGAAAUAAAGAAUUAUAUAGAUGAAAUUGUGUUUUGUGAUCAAAAGAUUGCGUAUGGAUUGUCACUUUUUUUUUUAAAGUGUAAUAUCCAACGAGCUGAAAGGAUUAGGUUUUGAAACAUCUUCUUUUGAUUUUGAGUGGUGUUAUUAUUGAAAACAAAAAAGUGCACGUUGAAAACAAAAAAGAGUAUGAAAAGCAAAUGGUCCUAUAUGCCUUUGAAUAGGAUUGUGACAAUACAUACUUGGUGUAUUUGACCGUGCAGUGAAUUUAUAUUGUAAUGUCUGAAAAAAUCUUUUUGUGUCAUUACAAAUAUAUUAGCACUGAAGGAAUUUGGAAUUCUCAUUGGACAAAUAUAGAUUUCACUUUUAAUUUCAAUUUUGGACACCAUAAACAUUGUCCACUCUUAUAAUUAUAUAAUGUCAGAUUUUAAAAAGAAGUAAAUAUGAAAUUAUGAAAUUAAGCUUUGUAUGGUGUAUGUUUGGGCAUGUAUUCAUGUUCUCAUGGUGUAUGGGAAGGCUCUGUCCUUGAAUAAAUAGGGAAAUGUACUUUUACAGGGA